UGUCUUUGGCCCUCCUAACUUCGGUCCCCUCCCAAAGGGUUAGGAGUCCUUUUAGGAGGCAGAUGCCCCGGCAGUUUCGUCACAAGGCCUGAGCACACUCGGUCUGUUGCACGCUUGCCUGCGUCGGCGCAUCCAGAAGGAGUCCCACCGAUCUGGAAGCAGGAUGCACGGCAGCGGAGGAAGGAUUUGUGUCAGCGCGGAGAAGCGCAUUUGGUGACAGCGGGUAGCAUUUCUGUUCGAGCACCACAUGGCAAGCAAGCACCGAGUGCAUUACCAAGGUGACGAUGAUCAGAAGAAGAAGCGCACCUUCAAGAAGUAUUCUUUCCGUGGGAUUGACCUCGACAAGCUGUUGGACCUUAGCAAUCAGGACUUCGAGCUCAUGGAGCUCUUCCGUGCCCGCCAGCGCCGCAAGUUCAGCCGAGGCAUCAAGCGUAAGCCCAUCGCCCUCCUCAAGAAGCUGCGGAAGGCGAAGCGCGAGACCGCCUACGGCGAGAAGCCGGAGGCCGUAAAGACCCACCUGCGCAACAUGGUGAUUGUGCCCGAGAUGAUCGGACCGAAGCGUGGUGGGCGUCUACAACGGCAAGCAGUACAUCAACGUGGAGGUCAAGCCGGAGGCCAUCGGCCACUACCUGGGGGAGUUCUCCAUCACGUACAAGCCCACCAAACACGGCCGCGCUGGCAUGGGGGGCAAGAUGAGCUUCAUCCCGCUGAAGUGAGCACGCAGCGCCGGGCCGAUGCACACGCGCACCCAUCACCUCCUCGCGGGCGGCCGAGCGAUGCAGUCGCGGGCGCCGUAGAAGUACAAACAUUGGAAGGCAGGAGUCUAGAGGCAGGGUCGCGGCGCCCCACACGCGCGCGGCUGUCCGCGGCGGCGGCCCGCGGGCGCCCCCGCCAGCUCUUGGGCACCCUCCCGGGGGCGAGCCGCGGGCCGUGGAGGACGGCGUGUGGUUGAGGCCGGAUCCGGCUCGGGUUUCGACGUCUGUGGAUGGGAGCCUCGGGAGGCGACCUCG